UUACUGUCACCGAUCGCCGCCGGUGAUGGUUCUUCGACCGCUUGCAGAAAUGAUUUCCCAAUGGUUAAGGUUAAGAAGUGGGUAAAUGGUGAUGAAAAGGGGCCACUUUUUGGGCUUAAUGCGGCUUUUGGCCCUAUCUUACCUGAGGAACUCAAACAAGCACAAAGAUUGCCAGCCAACUUUCUAGAACCUGCUACUGGUUGUUCACCCUCAUCCUCGAAGUUGACAGGCUCUAUUGCUUUGGUGCUUCGUGGUGAUUGUGACUAUACAACUAAGGCUAGAGUUGGUCAAGAGGGAGGAUCAGCAGCGCUGGUGAUGAUAAAUACUGAAGAUGGUCUUCCGGAGAUGGAUUGUGCUAACAUUACCAUGUUGAGUAUCAAAAUUCAUGUUAUUACAAUUUCAAAGUCAGCAGGACUGGAUUUAAAGAAAUCCAUAACUGAUGGGAUGAAGGAGGAGCUUUUGAUAUAUUCACCAAAUCGCCCGAUUGUAGAUUACUCGGUGGUGUUCUUGUGGAUGAUGACUGUUGGAACGGUAGUUUCUGCCACACUUUGGUCAGAUAUAGUUGGAUCGGAGGAAUAUUAUGAACCCAGCAAUCAGCUUUCUCCAAAGGAAUCUGAUUCUGGUGCAGAGAAUGAUGAUGGAAUCCUCCAUAUAACCAUGGCAAGCGCAGUAGUUUUUGUUGUAUCAGCAUCUACUUUCCUGCUGCUACUUUACUUCUUUAUGUCAGCAUCGUUCGUUUGGGUGCUAAUUGUACUAUUCUGCGUUGGAGGUGUUGAGGGAAUGCAUAGCUGUAUAUUAUCAUUUAUAUUGAGCAAAUCUAAGGAUUUUGGACAAAAGACAGUGAAACUGCCAAUUGUGGGGAAGAUAACCAUUCUCUCACUAGUUGUUUUGAUAAUCUGUUUGGUAUUUGCCAUUGUCUGGGCCGCAACUCGGAAGAAAUCAUUCUCUUGGAUUGGCCAAGAUAUUCUUGGUAUAUUCAUGAUGAUAAGCGUGUUGCAAUUGGCUCGAUUACCAAAUAUAAAGGUUGCCACAGCUCUUCUGUGUUGCGCAUUCAUAUAUGGCAUAUUUUGGGUUUUCCUAUCUCCAUAUAUAUUCCAUGACAGUGUUAUGAUUGCGGUUGCACGAGGCAAUAACAGCGGUGGAGAAUCAAUCCCCAUGCUUCUGAGAUUUCCUAAACUCUCUGAUCCGUAUUAUGGUUAUAACAUGAUAAGCUAUGGGGACAUUCUAUUCCCUGGUUUGUUAGUUACCUUCUCCCACAGAUACAUUAAUGUUGUUCUAUUCACAGCACAAAAUCAUAUUCGCAAUGUACUGUUAUCGCUGUUGCAAGUUCGGAUUAACUUGUACAGAUUUGACAAAGCUCAUGGGAAGAGUGGAGCAAAUGGAUAUUUUCUUUGGUUGAUAAUUGGUUAUGGAUCUGGCCUUAUUCUUCACUUACUUGAGCUUGUAUCUGAUGGCUGGUCGCGGUCAGCCCGCUCUCCUCUACCUCGUGCCUUGCACGUUGGGAACUUGCGUGUUGUUGGGUCUGAAAAGGGAGGAGCUGGAUCUGCUUUGGGACCACGGAGACGACUCUGGUCAACAAGGUGCUCCUUCUCCCUUGACCUGUGAUUGUACAUAACUACUUUGCGGAAAAGACUCGGAGCGUCUGAUACAUUGGUUGGAUGAGAAACGUCUUAGCAACUAUUGAGCUGCACUCAAUAGUGUGAGAAUUCUCGUACCCUCAUAGAAUAUCAGAAAAUUACUAUUGAACUAGAAUAGAGUGACGAAAAAAUAAUUAAAUAAAUUAAUAUGAGUGAUAUAUGCAUGAAA